ACCGCCUCAUAUAGUCAACAUGUUCCGCUAUACUCUCGCCCUCGCCUUGUGCUGCUGCAUCGCCUUCGUCAGCGCCGAUCACGGAUUUGGAGGCGGAUUUGGGGGAUUCGGUGGAGGAUUUGGGCAUGGAGGUGGAUUUGGGCACGGUGGUGGAUUUGGGCACGGUGGUGGUUUUGGGCACGGAGGAUUUGGUCACGGAGGUGGAUUUGGGAGGGGUGGGUUCGGCGGAUUUGGAUUUGGCGGACGCGGAUUUGGUGGUGGAUUCGGAGGACGCGGAUAUGGAGGCGGAUUCCAUCACGGAUAAGACAAGACCUGCAGUAGUGACCAGCAGAGCCACGGACAACAGCAAUAAGAGUGCCUCAUGAGCUUUGAUUUUUAAUUCGAAUGAAAUAUUAAGAUCUCUGCGAAAAAUUUGAGCAUGAAUAAAGUUAUAUUUUUAA